ACUCAAACAAUGCCCUUGGGGCUUUUUGGUUGUCUCGAAGCUGACAAGCGCUUCUUUUACUCCCAUCACUCGUCCAUCAGCCGUAUCGUAGUUGGUCGACCAACGGACCCCUUCUCCUCCCGUUGCUUCAUGGAGUGCUGCGGGUAGACGCCAUGGGGCGGCACGAUGACGGGACCGAUGGGUGCCGACGCGGGUACGGGAAACAUGGGUUUCGUACGCUGUGCCUCUCACCGACAACGACAACCCAUCUUUCUUCAGCCCCGAUACCCCUUCACUGCAACUUUGGGGCCCCAUAUCGUCCCCUCCCUGGGUCCUUACGUCGCCCCCUCCCCCAGUUCCCUUACCUUUCCCACAUCAGUCAUGCAUGUCCUCUCUCCAUCUGGCACAGCAGAUUCGGCCGCAUGUCUUCAUUCAGAAAGGAGACCCACCUUGUUGGUACUUCGAUGCCCUUUGUGUGCACAUCCAUGUACCUCCGUGCAUGCUGCAGCCACGUCCAACAGCAUCCGAAUCGCCCAAUCAGUGGCCAUCUGUGUAUGAAUCAGGGAGCGAUUUCCGUUGUGGUGGAUGUACCCCCCGGAGGUGACUCUCCUCUGCAAUCGCAACUUGCCGAGGGCAAUGGGCGGAUGGCGUGCAGGUAUACGGUAUCUGACUUGUGGUACACGUCGCCGUGGGUUAGCCCUAUAGGGAAGCUGGGAGUCGCCGAAAGCCCCCGGACGAAAAAGAAAAGAGAGCAGCUGUGGUAUCUAUCUCGUGCAAGCGAGCGCGCCGGGGGGGGGAGAAGGAGGGGUAAAGCCCACCGGCAUAUGAGGGCAUCGAGGGUUUCGUCAUCCUUGAUGGAUGGGCGGCGGAUCUGCAGAGUGCUCAUCAUCUCCAUGAUCUAGGUUUCAUAUGACUUGACCCGGGGUUCUUGAAUGAAAUCUAGCGUCUUCGUAGUCCUGCAUCUUCAAAGACGUGGAGAUGAGAGACGAAUCUGAGGUGGCGCCGUGCAAGAUUCACGGAGUCCGCCAUGCCUGGCUAUUGUGAGAGAUCUCGGGCAAGGGUCGACGGCGGACGAGCCUAUUUGCUCAGCCUACCAUAUCCCGAUAAAUAGAGGGAGAGUCAGAUGAGGUCUUCCAGCAAAUCAUCACAGAAAGUUCCGUCCUCCCGCCGCGCGGGAGACGUCAUAAC